GACUAUGAACAAUCAGUGUUAGGAAGGAAAAUUAGACAUUUUUUAGGAAAUUUAGACAUUAAAUAAAAUGGCUACCAACUUCAGUGCAUCACAUACACAAGACUCUAAUGAAAUUAAAGAAAUGUACUGUGAAGAAUGUGAUAGCCACACUGGAGAAUAUGCUACAGCUGUGGCUUUUUGUGUGGAUUGUGUGGAAUAUAAAUGUAAGACCUGCAAAGAAUAUCAUAGAAGACAUUUCAAAAGUCACAAAGUUCAAGACAGUGACAAUAUGCCACAUGAUUUCUAUUUAGAAAAGUGUUCCGCUCAUCCUAAACAGCUGAUCAAGUUUUACUGUUCUGAGUGCUGCAUAGAAGCCUGCAAACUAUGCAAGGAUAAUGAGCAUGUAAAAUGUAGUAAUGUGAACCAUUUACCAACCCUUGCUUCAGGCAUACAAAACAGUGAUGACUUAAAAAAUCUUCAACAGAACUUGGAUAAAUUGUCUGCUGACAUAAAAGACACAGAAAAGCUGUUGAAAGCCAAAAGUGAAGUGGUUGUAAAGCAAGAAGAAAAGGCAACUGAAGCAUGCAAGAAGCACAAAGAUAGACUAGUAGAAGCCUUCAAACAACAACAUCAAGAUCUCAUUGAUGAUUUUGAUAAGAAGAUGGAAGAGACCAUUGCAAGGUUGAAGAAAGAAAGGUUAGAACUAGUUCAAGAGUUAUCUGAAAAGGAGAUAAAAUUUAAAAACAAGAUAACACAAGCUGAAACAGAUAUGAAAGAAGAGGUUGUUAGCUCAAACACAGAAUUUAAGGUACUCAAGUCAGAACAUUUGAAUCUGGUUGAAAAUUUGGAGGUUCUUACUGCUGAUCUAGAACAGACCCAGAAACUAGGUCAAAACUGUAAACAUUUUAUCAAAUUGAAGUCUACAAAACAACUGUGUGGAAACCUUCAUCGUAACAUUGAACAAAUACAACAAGCCUACAUACAACACUACAAAUUCAAAAUGUUCAACAUUCAACCAACAGAACUAUCUCUAGAGAGUGAUACAAUAUUUUUUACAUUUGUAGAAGAAUCAGCUGUAGAAAGAAAAGUUGUCUUUAAUUUUGAUAUCAAAUGUGACAUUGACCUCAUAUCCUCUUUACUUGUCCUAUCUGAACAAACACUUCUAAUAUCAUAUUAUACAAAAUUUAGCAUACCGGUAAUCAUAUACGAUGUAGGAACGUCACAUGCAAAUUACAUGGAUGACAUAAAAUUUGAUGCAAAACCAUUUGGUAUUACAAAAGUUUCAGAUUAUAAAGUUGCUGUAACAUUUCCAGAUAAAAGAAUGAUCAGAAUGAUAACAUUUUCAGAAGAUAUGAAAGUUUUAGAUAUCACUAAGAUACCAGGAAAUGGAUAUUGUACUGGUAUUGCCUAUAGGAAUCCCUAUCUUGUAGUUUCAUAUUGGAAUCCUGCUAGUAUUAAGAUUUUAAGUAUGUCAGGUGAAGUAGUGAAAACAUUUGACAAAGAUGAUAAUGGUCAGAAGCUGUUUAUUAAACCUUGGUACUUGAAUGUCAGCCCUGACAAUACUAUGAUAUAUGUUUCUGAUCGAAAAGAACACACUGUGACUUGUUUGAACUAUGAUGGUAAGGUGAAGGCUGUCUACAAGGAUGAUCAAUUGAAAAGACCUCAUCAACUUGCUGUUGAUGAAUAUGGAUCAGUAUAUGUGUGUGGUUUUCACUCUGGAAAUAUCCAUCAAUUAUCAAGUGACCUCACUAAAGUGAAGAUCUUGGUAGAUAAAAAUGAUGGAUUAGAUCAACCAAGGAGUGUUGCAUACUGCCCAAAUACCAAGAGAUUAUUUGUUGGAAUGCCAAACAAAAUCAAAGUAUUCAAUGUGUCACUAGAAUAAACAAUAAUAAUUCUUACACAGAGACUCAUCAACAAGCAGUCAUCCUACUGCACAUAUUGCAGUAGAAUAAGGGUCAUAAUCUUAAACACUUGACUUAAAUAUAGCACAUAUAAUUUUAGUUUAUACAGAAUUUAUUUUAACUUGAUUGGGAAGGAAGCUAUAAGCUUAUAUACACACUCUAGAUUAUUGAAUCUAUUCCUGAAACCAACCAGUGAUUAGUAACAAAUUAUAAGUUUCUGCUGAAAGAAACAAAGGCUAGUCACUGACAGAGUUUAAAACCAGGAGACCAGCAAUCAUUGGAUUACUAAUUUAACAAAACUACUUGCCCAAAUGGCAACGUGAAAUUUUGAAAUAUCAUAUUCAACAGAUGCAUAAUGUUAAUGUUAGGUUUAUUUGUUUGGGUUUAACAGUGACACUGACACAUUACUGGUUAUACUGCGCCAUUUUCGUAAGAUGUAAUUUACGAUGUUGGGUGUUUGGUUUACUAUGUAUACAUGUAGCAGUAUAAAUUGAUUAUAAAUA